CAACUGCAACUCAUAUUGUAAUUUAAUUUUAAGCCAUGCCUCCUCUACCUUCCAGUUCCUCUGCUCUUCAAUGGCUUAGCCUUGUCGGAAUUGUCUGGCUUCAGUCCAUAAACGGAACAAAUUCCAAUUUUCCCGCCUACUCAUCCCAACUCAAGAAUCUUCUUUCUAUCUCCCAACUCCAACUCAACAAUCUUGCCUUUGCCUCCGAUACCGGAAAGCUCUUAGGUUGGGUUUCUGGUAUUGCUGCUGUCUACCUUCCCUUAUGGCUAGUCCUCCUCAUUGGUUCCACUUUGGGCCUGGUCGGCUAUGGCCUACAGUAUCUCUUCUUGAUAAACAGCAUCUCUAAUCUUUCUUACGCUCACAUUUUCUUUCUCAACAUCCUAGCAGGAAAUAGCAUAUGUUGGAUCAACACGGUUAGCUACUUGGUUAGCAUCAGAAACUUCCCCUUGGAACGACAAGUUGCUGUGGGGGUAACAACUAGCUACCUUGGGUUAAGCGCAAAAAUUUAUACAGAUAUUGUUAACCUCAUAUUCCCUUCUUCACCCAAGAAAAGAGCUAAAGGCUAUCUUCUCCUCAGUGCCAUCUUGCCUUUACUUGUCUGUGGUAUAACUGCACCAAUGGUUCGAUACUUGGAUGUUGGGAAAGGUAAAACUAAGAAGAUGAGAGGUGCUUUUAUUGUUAUGUUUGGCAUCACAAUUGGCACUGGUGUCUAUGCUGUGUUGGGCAGUUUAGGACCGAUUUCUAUCUGGUUCUCACCGUUAGCUAGAGUAAUCGGAAUGGGACUACUCUUACUAUCCCCGCUACUAAUUGUUGCUGGAGAAAAGAUUGCAUCAAAAUUAGGAUUAGACAGAGAGGAAAGAGUGUACAUAGAGGAGGAAAAUACCGUGGUGGAGAAAAUAGAAAACGAAGAAGAAAGCAUAAACGAGUUAAGAGUAAGGGAGGAGAUUGGAGUGAAGCUGAUGUUGAGGAGAGUGGAAUUUUGGUUGUAUUUCUUUGUGUAUCUGUUUGGUGUAACACUAGGGCUGGUUUUCUUAAACAACUUGGGGCAAAUAGCAGAGUCUCGCAGGUGCGAAGGAACUUCGUCACUAGUUUCAUUGUCUUCAUCAUUUGGGUUCUUCGGCCGUCUUCUACCAUCUCUAACAGAUUACUUUUUCUCAAGAAGUAAGCACAUGAUUUCAAGGCCAGCUUGUGUGGCAGCAUUAAUGGUCCCAACUGCGGGAGCAUUCUUCUUAUUGCUGAAUCCAACCAACCGCUCCCUAUACAUCAGCACUGCCAUUAUAGGGGUAUGCACCGGUGCAAUUACUUCCAUGUCCGUAUCCAUAACCACCGAGCUGUUUGGGACAAAAAACUUUGGUGUGAAUCAUAAUAUUGUGGUUGCCAACAUUCCAAUCGGAUCCUUUCUCUUUGGCUACCUCGCGGCUUUUGUUUACCACAACCAAGCCAAUUCCGCUGGACAAUGCAUCGGGGUGCUUUGCUAUCAAAACACCUUCAUCUUAUGGGGUUCGCUUUGCCUACUCGGCACCCUCCUAGCUUUUCUGCUUCAUAUUCGUACCCGAAAGUUUUAUACACCAUAGCUGUAACAGUUAGUUAGUUAGGUUUACAUAAUUUAGACUAGCUAGCUACUUUAUUAUAACCUAGUAAGCUUUUUAUUUAAUUUUUUUUUUAAACUGAAAUAAAAUAGCCAGCUUAUG